AUUCAGUGAACGUCCAUGGUGGAUAAUCCCAAUGCGACGCCUAUGCAAGGUUACUUUUAUGCAUUUUGGCAAAUUGGUCUAUUGAGAAUUUGGCGCAACUCGAAUCCUUCAAAUCCUGUGCUUUAUCAAAAUGUCGCCUUCGCCAGUUUGUGUUUUGUGUUCAUUGAGUUGAAGAUGACCAAAAAAUUCGAAUUCGACUGGCACGUCCCCGUACCGGAGCCCCUUCUGACAGGAUGCGUUUUCGAUCGCUGGACCGAGGAGAAGGACAACGUCGACUACGAACCGAAUGCCCUAUUUCGUGUAGAUAAAUAUGGGUUCUUUAUAUACUGGAAGAGCGACGGAAAGGAUGGGGAUGUCAUCGAAUUGUGCCAAGUUAGCGACGUACGUGCCGGUGGCUUGCCCGUCGAUCGAAAGCUGCUUUAUAACCUUGCAAAGCACGGGAACGACUUGGAAGAGAAAUCAUUAACAAUUUGCAGCGGCACCGACUAUAUAAACAUCAAUUAUCAACACAUUAUUUGCCCGGAUGUUCAAACUGCUAAGGUUUGGUUGGAUGGCUUGAGAAAAAUUACUCAUAAUGUCAAAGCCAAUAACUUCUGUCCCAUGACUUGUUUGAAAAAACAUUGGAUGAGAUUGGGAUUUUUGUGUGAUCCGAGAGGAAAGGUACCCGUGAAGGUUAUAGCGCGUACAUUUGCGUCCGGUAAAACGGAAAAGUACGUCUAUCAGUGUCUUGCCGAGCUAGGAUUGCCAAGUGGAAAGAACGAUAUCAUCGAACCGGACCAGUUUACAUUCGACAAAUUUUACGCAUUAUACCAUCAGAUUUGUCCACGUAAUGACAUUGAAGAUCUGUUUCGAACUAUCACGCAAGGCAAAGCGGACUACAUCAAUUUGGUACAGUUUAUAAACUUCUUGAAUGAUAAACAAAGAGAUCCUCGCUUAAAUGAAAUUUUAUAUCCGCUAUACGACGAGAAGCGCGCCGCCGAAAUAAUAUCGACGUACGAACAAGAUGAAGAAAGCAAGAAGUUGAAUCGAUUUACAAAGGAUGGUUUAAUUAGAUAUUUGAUGUCGGAUGAAAAUGCACCUGUGUUUUUGGAUCGUUUAGAUAUUUAUAUGGAUAUGGAUCAACCCCUAUGUGCUUAUUAUAUUAAUUCUAGUCACAAUACGUAUUUAAGUGGACGCCAGUUUGGUGGAAAAUCCUCGGUUGAAAUGUACCGGCAGGUUUUGUUAGCCGGAUGCAGAUGCGUGGAACUUGACUGUUGGGAUGGUAAAGGUGAAGAUGAAGAGCCAAUUAUUACCCAUGGAAAAGCUAUGUGUACGGAUAUUCUUUUUAAAGAUGUAAUAAUGGCCAUACGAGAUACUGCCUUUGUCACAUCUGAUUCUCCCUUGAUAUUGUCAUUCGAGAAUCACUGCUGUAAAGCUCAACAAUAUAAAUUGGCAAAAUACUGCGACGAAAUGUUAGGCGACCUGCUUUUAAAGGAGCAACUAGAAGAUUACCCCUUGGAACCCGGCGUACCACUACCACCACCAUCGUGUUUAAAAAGAAAGAUUCUCAUAAAAAAUAAAAGAUUGAAACCUGAAGUUGAGAAAAUGGAACUCGAGCUGUUUAGGCAAGGUCAGUUUGUGAUAGAAGACGAAGAAAAGGAGGAUGCGAGCGCAUCUGCAACUUCAACUGAUGUACCGGUUGAGACCACUCCUUCUGAAGUGCCAGGCGAGGACGCUGCCCCUGUAGUGCAGUAUACAGGUUCUACAACGAAUGUACAUCCGUGGCUUAGCUCGAUGGUAAAUUAUGCUCAGCCUGUUAAGUUUCAAAGUUGGGAUGCCGCUGACAAAAAAAACAUACAUCACAACAUGUCAAGUUUCUCGGAACCAGUGGGACUAAAUUAUCUAAAAUCAUCAUCAAUCGAAUUCGUUAACUACAACAAGAAACAAAUGUCCCGUAUUUAUCCCAGCGGAACGCGGGCGAACUCCUCAAACUACAUGCCACAGGUCUUUUGGAACGCGGGCUGUCAAAUGGUCUCGCUCAAUUUCCAAACGUCCGACUUGCCAAUGCAACUCAACCAAGGAAAGUUCGAAUACAACGGAAAUUGCGGUUAUCUACUGAAACCCGACUUCAUGCGCCGUUCGGAUCGUAUCUUUGACCCAUUCUCCGAAAGUCCGGUCGAUGGUGUUAUCGCCGCCCAAUGUUCUGUGCAAGUCAUUUCGGGACAGUUCUUGUCAGAUAAGAAGGUUGGGACGUACGUCGAGGUCGACAUGUAUGGGUUGCCGACCGAUACGAUUCGAAAGGAAUUUCGUACAAGAUUGGUACCUGGGAAUGGUUUGAAUCCUGUAUACAACGAGGAGGCGUUUCUGUUCAGAAAGGUCGUCUUGCCUGAUUUGGCUGUGUUACGUUUUGGUGUAUACGACGAAAAUAAUAAACUACUUGGCCAGCGUAUUCUUCCACUGGAUGGACUGCAGGCUGGAUAUAGACAUAUUUCGCUGAGAACUGAAGCUAAUUUUCCCAUGUCUCUGCCUAUGUUGUUUUGUAACAUUGAACUCAAGAUCUAUGUGCCGGAUGGAUUUGAAGAUUUCAUGGCGGCUCUUAGCGAUCCCAGAGGAUUUAUGGGCGCCCAACAGAAGCAAACCGAACAGAUGUCAUCUUUAGGAAUUGAGGUCACAGAUGGAAAGGGUGAAGCGGCAAAAGUAGAAAAGAAAGAAGAGAAAAAAGAGGAGCCAUUGGUGUUUGAACCAAUUACCAUCGAGUAUAUCAAACAGGACAAAGGUUUCCAAAAAAGCACCCGCAAACAACAGAAAGAGUACGAUGCAUUAAAAAAGAAGCAAGCAAAGGAGAAACUGAGUGUUCAGAAGUCGCAAUGCACCGCCAUCGAUAAGCUAAUUAAAGGCAAAAAUAAAAAUGACUUGGUUAAUGAUGCAGCUGUUCGAAAACUCGUGCAGGAGCAGACUGUUCAGUGGACGGAAUUGAUGGAAAGGCACCGAAAACAGGAAUGGGAAUUUUUACGUAACCAGUUAGACGAUCAGCGCGACACCCUCCGAAAGCACAUGGAACUGCUGCAGUUGGGUCAAAUGAAACAGAUGGAAGCCAAGCACGAGAGAGAACUUAAGGAAAUGAACGCUCGUCAAGCGAAAAUAUCUGUCGAAACUUCAAAAGAGAUCAACAACGAUAAGACACUAAAAACCAAGCAAGAAAAAGAAAGACGGCUUCGCGAAAAACAGCAGAACAACACCAAGAAAUUCUUGGACGAGCGUAAAAACGCUACAAUUAAGCAGGGCAAAGAGAAAGAAAAGCUGAAAUUGAAGCACGACAAGCAGUUAGAGAUGUUAUCGCACGACAUUCAGAAGAAAAUCGAGAUGUACAAAAAUGAAGAGCUGGAGUACGAUAUGUCUAGCAAAAAGGAAUUCUUCGCAUAAGUUAGUAAAGUAGUUUAGAAUUCUUUUUGUGGUAAGUUUUUAUGAAGCAGUCCCACUUGCAGAUGCCAUUUAUGUUUAGGCUCUGUCGAUGGAUACAAAGAUGUGCCAUACAUACUGAUUAUAUCACUACCUUUAGUCUACAUUCUAAGUCAAGUUAGUAUUUACAUCAAGUAUUCUUUACUACUUAAAAAAACUAUGUACAAAAAUAAUUAUAUGAUUUAGGUUACCUUCCUAAAUGGCAUUGCUUAUCUAUUUAUGAAUGUUCCUAAAUUAGUAAUUAUUUUAUUAGAUGAAAGUCCCUAUUAUAUUAUUACUUGAAUGAUAGUUGACGUCAGUGAGACGUGAAUGCUAUUUAGAGUUCUGGCGUUUUUUGUCAGUGUUGUGAUUUUAGGGAAUUUUCCUAAAUACCCAAAUGAUUUCUUAGUAAGGACCAACGUUAGUAUUAAUUCAAAGUUUAGAUCUGGUUAUAUUAUAUAUAAUUAUUAAAUAAAUAUAUUUAAAAAUUAAUAUAAACAUAGAGCUUUCAAAGUCAGGCUUAAAGAUUGUGCCACAAGUUACAUACGAAAAGUUGUUUACGGUUGUAGUAUUUAUUCAAAAUAAAUUUAAAUUAUUAUUAUCUUUA